UAUAUUAACCAUUGACGAGUUUAGAGUUUACACUGACCAAAACCUACCAUCUUCUCCUCUCUCUCUCUGUUGUCUGUGUAUGUUUCAUGUGGGAGAGAUGGUGCUGGUGUCAUUUUCAUGUCUGUAUGUCUGUGAAACUGCGGAUGUGAUGCAGCCGUUUCUAAGUGAAUUUAAGUAGUAAUAAUUUGUAUACGUGGGAGAGUGUAAUUACUGAGUCUGUUGUUAUUGUUCUUGUUGCCUUUUUUCUGGGUUGGUGUUCACGGAAGGAGCAGAAGCUCAUGAAGAGGCUAGUGACACUUUUCUUGCUUCUCUCUCUGUGCAAUGCUGUUGAAAUUGAUGGAGAAGAUAGUGAGGGAAAAUGCAGAUUAAAGAAGGCUUUGGACCCCAGACCUCACAGUGUAUCUAUCUUGGAAUUUGGUGCGGUUGGGGAUGGGAAAACACUGAACACAAUUGCCUUUCAGAAUGCCAUCUUUUAUCUAAAAUCUUUUGCUGACAAAGGAGGUGCUCAGCUCUAUGUGCCUCCAGGUAGAUGGCUUACUGGAAGUUUCAACCUCACCAGCCACCUCACACUAUUCUUGGAGAAAGGUGCCUUCAUUCUUGGAUCCCAGGAUUCAUCUCACUGGGAAGUUGUUGAACCAUUACCAUCAUAUGGUCGUGGUAUUGAACUCCCAGGUGGAAGAUACCACAGCUUGAUAACGGGAUAUAGGUUGACAGAUGUGGUGAUAACAGGUGAUAAUGGAACCAUUGAUGGUCAGGGUUCCAUCUGGUGGGAAUGGUUCAAUUCUCAUUCCUUAAAUUACAGUCGUCCUCAUCUUGUGGAAUUUAUUGGCUGCAAUGAUGUCAUAGUAUCAAAUAUUACCUUCCUGAAUUCCCCUGCUUGGAGCAUCCAUCCAGUCUAUUGCAGUAAUGUGCAAGUUCAAAAUAUAACAAUCCAUGCUCCACCUGAAUCUCCUUACACCAGUGGUAUAGUCCCAGAUUCUUCAGACAAUGUGUGCAUUGAGGAUUGCAACAUUAGCGUUGGCUAUGAUGCCAUAGUGCUCAAGAGUGGUUGGGAUGAGUAUGGCAUUGCUUACGGAAAACCUACAAAAGAUGUCCACAUUAGGAAGGUUCACCUCCGAGCUUAUAGGGGUUCUGGUCUUGCAUUUGGCAGUGAGAUGUCUGGUGGCAUUUCCAACAUUGUUGUGGAGCACCUCAACCUACAAAACUCAUUUACUGGUAUCGGUCUUAGGACUGUUACAGGCAGAGGUGGUUAUAUAAAAGAUGUUUUCAUGUCAGAUUUGGAGAUGAGAGACAUCUACAUAGCAAUUUGGGCUACUGGGCAAUGGGGGUCCCAUCCAGAUGACAAUUUUGAUCCCAAUGCACUCCCUGUUGUCUAUGGGAUUACCUUGAAGGACAUUACGGGCACAAAUAUCACUAUAGCUGGAGAAUUUUCUGGAAUUCAAGAAUCACCCUUCACCUCUAUUUGUCUUUCAAAUAUAUCCCUCUCAAUCACUUCUCAUGCCUAUUCCCCUUGGAUUUGUUCGAGUGUUUCAGGAUUCUCUGAUUCAGUAUCCCCUGAGCCAUGUUCUGACCUCCAAAGCUCACAUUCAAAUUCUUCAUUGGCCUGCUUUUCUCUCCUAUAUUUCACUGGUCAAGCUAGGGCUGGAGCUUUGUGAGAUCACCUCUUCUUUCACCACCAUUAGUUGUUUCAGCCCCUUGUACAAUUGAGAGAAAUUAAACUCUUCUUACAUGUCCAUCUCAAAAUUGUCCUAAUUCUUUUCCAAUAAAAUGCAGAUGUUGAAUCUUCAAUUCCUCAGUUUUCAUUUGUUUAUAUUCUCCAAGUUUCGGCCAUACACACACUCUGAAGAAGCUUUUUAGGCCCAGCUGGCAGUUUAUAUCAUCAUAUGUACAGUUUCAUUUCUUCAUUUAUGUGUAAUGAAAUUUUUGGUAGUUAGUACCCAAGUUAUGUGAGAUUUCUAGGAAUAGAGUUACUUUUUUAAUUUGGUUUUAAUAUAUGUUAUCAUAUUGUCAUUAUAUUGUAAAUUUGCCACAUUGGAGGAUGGGUGGAUGGACAGAGGAGAUGGAGGCGUCCACAGGGAGCAUGUUAUUUGAAUAAAGUAUUGAUUGUUAUUCAAAUUUAGAGAUGGAAAAAAGGAAAAUUUGUUGAAGGAGCUUGAGUUUUCUUGAUCAA